GAAUGUGGGGCUUCCACGACCGGGACCUGAUGCUGAGGAAGUCCCUGCACACGCUGAUGGACAAGGGAGCGGAGCGGGAGGCGCUGAGGCGCCGCUGGCGCUGGCAGCAGACGCAGCAGAACAAGGAGGGUGGAGAGCUCGGAGGAGCCGGUGUACGAGAGCCUGGAGGAGUUCCACGUCUUUGUGCUGGCCCACGUGCUGAAGAGACCCAUCGUGGUGGUGGCAGACACGAUGCUGAGGGACUCAGGUGGUGAAGCAUUUGCCCCAAUUCCCUUUGGAGGGAUUUAUCUGCCCCUGGAAGUCCCAGCCAACAAAUGCCACCGGUCCCCUCUGGUCCUGGCUUAUGACCAAGCUCAUUUUUCUGCCCUGGUCUCCAUGGAGCAGAAGGAAAACACAAAAGAUCAAGCUGUGAUCCCCCUGACGGACUCUGAGCACAAACUGCUCCCCGUGCACUUUGCUGUGGACCCGGGCAAGGAGUGGCAGUGGGGGAAGGAUGACAGUGACAAUGUCAAGCUGGCCAGCGUGACCCUGUCACUGGAAGCCAAACUGCACCUGCUGCACAGCUACAUGAAUGUCAGAUGGAUCACGUUGCCUUGUGACAUGCAGGCGCCCCUGGCUCAGCCAGAGUCCCCCACGGCCUCGGCGGGCGACGACGCUCGCUCGGCAGCGGAGUCGGGCGAGUCGGACAAGGAGUCGGUGUGCAGCAGCUCUGCCAGCAACGGGGGCGCCAGGGCAGCCAAGGACAGGGAGAAACCAAAGAAAGAGAGGGAAAAGGAGAAGGAGAAGGAUAAAAAACGAGCAGACUCGGUAGCCAACAAGCUGGGAAGCUUCGGGAAGACUCUGGGCAGCAAACUAAAAAAGAACAUGGGGGGGCUGAUGCACAGCAAAGGCGUCAAGGGCGGCGUGAGCAACGGGCAGGGAGACACCCUGGAGAAGAAGAAGAAGGGAUCCCUGAAGGCACGGAAGGACAGCAAGGAGGAAUGUUCCCCCGGAGAUUCGGCUCCUGCAGAGAAGCCUGGUGCGGGUAAAGCAGCCCUGGAGAAGCCCUCGGAUCCCUCCAAGUACAGCAGCGACGUUCGGCUGAGCCUGAGCAUCCUGCGCGCCGCCAUGCAGGGCGAGCGCAAGUUCAUCUUCGCCAGCCACCUCAAAACCAGCACCCGGCACCAGUUCCAGGAGGAGAUGAUCCAGAGGUACCUCCUGGACGCUGAGGAGCGGUUCCUGGCGGAGCAGAGGCAGAAGGAGGCCGAGAAGAAGGCGCUGGAGCAGGGAGGAACGGCGGAGAAAAUGAGAAGCCAAGGCCUCUACAACAUCCAGCAGACCAAGUGCAAACAGCCCAACUGCAGCUUUUACGGACACCCAGAGACCGGGAAUUUCUGCUCGUGCUGUUACAAGGAGGAGCUGCGGCGCAGGGAGAGGGAGGCGCUGGUGCACAGGUUCUGAGCUCCCCCUGUGCACGUCGGACCCCUGGCACGUGGGGGAUGCAAUAACAGAGAUGCAGUUUGGUUUCUCACACCCAGCCACGCUCCUCUCGCGCUCUGCAGGAGGUGGGAGCAGCGUUGGGCCAGCUGGGAUGGGCUGGUGGCGUUGAUGGGUGCAGGAGGGAGAGAGCAGGGGAAGCAGCCCCUGAGUUCCUGGAGCCCCUGCAGGGGAGGAGAAGGAUUCCCAGGGGGGCUGCUCGGCUCGGAGCACAGGGUGAGGGGGCAGAAUUUCCUCAGAAACUCAAUAAACCAGACCAAAGCUUUGGGAGUGGGCAGGGGGAGCAGCUCCCACCAGGUCCUUCCCACUUCCUGACCGCCUGGGACGGAGCAGAAAUGCCCCAUUUUGAGAGUCACAAAAGCUUUUAAUGGAGUUUUUUAACACUGGUUUUAUUCUGUAUUUCUUCUUGCUGGUACUGAGCGACACCGUGUUGGAGUUGGACUUUGAUGAGGUGAGGUGGCUUGGACGCCCCCCACCCAGUCCUGGGUGAUUGUGAGCACCAGGACAGGCUCAGGGCUCUGUCCCCUCCUCUCCUCCCCAUGAGCUGAACUCUGGUUUUAAAAUGUUCUUUUUAAACUCUUCCUGAGGCAGGGGGGGACUCCCAGAGCUCGAGGGAUUGGAGGUUUCUCUUCCUGUGCAGAACCCCCAGCCCACAGGAGAUCCUGCCAGGAAUUCCCAGUGAGCCUGGGGCAAAUCCCCCAGGAAAAGCCACUGGAAAGGGGUCCCAGAGCCCCCCCAGCCCCGUGUAACUCCUACUUGAGCACAGCUACUCUGUACUACCUCUGAUCCUGAUUAACUCGGCUCCGUUGUGCUGAGCCACCAACUGACCUUUAGGCUGCGGAAUUAAUCCAUAUUUUUUGAUAACAGGGCUAAAAAAAGCAGAACAAGAAGGUAAAAUCCUCCUCCCACGUGUUGUUCCUGACCCCACCCCGGCCCCCUGGCUCCCAGGGUGGGAUUCACUUUAGCACUGCGAUGUUUGCACAGAAUUCCUUGGGGUUGUUUUGGUGACUGCAGCUCCCAGACCUGGUCCUGCACGGAGUGAGGUGCAGCAUUUCCUACCAACGGAAAUAAAACAGGAGUUGUGUCCUUCAGCCAGAGCUUUACAACAUUCCCUCCUUUCUAUUUUUGGGUUGAUUUUCCAGAAGGAAUCGAACUAUGCAACGCCUUCCUGCCCAUGGCCAUUGCCUGGAGAGGGGAUGAGGAAGAGGAGCUGGAAGUGAGCUCGGGCAUCACCCCACGCCUUACACUUGGCCCUAAAAGUGUUCAUUUAGACCCAAAACCCCAGAGUUAAGGCCUUUCCUACACCUAAAUGCCCCCAAAUUGGGCCUUUCCUGGUGGGAUCCCAACAUUUCGAGUCCAGCCCAGCAAAGCUCCUUGUGUGCAGAUUUUCAAAUCCAAAUUUCAGACAGCCCAGGGAUGGUUUGAUUCCAGUGUUGAGUUGUUUUCCCUGGUUUUAUAAAAUCCCCGAGCGUGGCUGAAGCUGUGGGAAGGGGAGGGUGUGACACCCACUCCAGCUGGCUCCUCUUACCUGGGAACAAAUUCCAAUUUUCUCCCUCAAAAUGCAGGAAUUCCAAUGGACUUCAACCCCAGGCAGGGCCAUGCAGUGCUGGUUAAACAGCACAAGCUCUGCCCCCAUUUGGUUCACCCCAAAUUUGAAGCUGAGAUGGUUAAAACCCAACCCGAACCCUUCACUAUUUAUGGGCUCUUGGUUUAAAUUCCACGUUCUGAUGUUUAUUUUUCCCCAAAAUUGGAGCAGCAGCUUUGUUUUGGUGUUGGGAAUGUCCUCUGGAGCAGGGAUGCCCCAGGGCACGGGAGGGCAGGGGGAGCUGAUGCUUCAGCACUCAGGUUUUGGGGGAAUUUCUCUCCUUUUUGGGGAGCUCCAUCCCAGUGGAGGCUGCAUUGGGUGGGGAUGGGGAGAAGGCAAAAAACCUGCAGGAAAAGCAGCAGUGCUGGAGGGAAAAAACCCCAAAACUGCAGGAGAAGCACCAAACCUGCCCCCAGGAGGGAUUUUUCCAUGGGGAGACUGUGGUGUGACCCCAAGGUCAAACUAAGUGCACUUAACUGGUGUGGUUGGAAUUCCAAUUGAUCCUGGUGGAGGAAAACUUUGUCUUUCAGCGUGUGUAAAACCCGUUCAUGAGAUUUGAUUUGAUUUCAUUAAAUGAGAUUCACCCUCGGCAGAGGAGGCCGGGGCAGCUUUGGGUCUCACUAACGCGACACUGAGUGACCUGAAUUAAUUCUGCAGUGGUUUAUUCACAAAAAAACUCCUUUUUUUUUUUUAAUUAAUUCCAGAUUAAUUGGUGAUAUUUGGCCUCCUGAGCAGGGCCAGAGCGUUGCACUUGGGCUGUACCUGUGGCCUCGUUGUGGCACCACAGACUCAUUGACAAUAAAAACCUUCAGCUGAUGCA